GGCGGGAAUUCCCCUUGCAUUUCAACUCGCAUGUGGAAAUGUCGUAACAGCUGAUGACUGGAAGGAUGUGCACGGACGAAUGGCCAUUUGAUUCAUUGUGUUUUAUCAGCUGUUUUUCUUCUCUGACAGCUACAAAGAAAUAUGGCUCCGGAAAUGUUUUGAUCAUUUUUUCAACACUGAUAUAGAACAGAGAUGUUUUCUGCUCUGGGAAGUGUAUUUAACUACUUCUUUAAUCGAGAAGAGAAUGAAGACGAUGACUCAGAAACCAGAACAGAUAAUGUACAAUCGAAAUGGCCAGAUUCCUCAUUUAUCGUCAAGGAGCAAGAGAUUCAGGCUUUCAAUACUAGACGUUUUGAUGGCAAAGUUACGCAUGUGUUUGGUGAAAAUGGGCUUGUUGAUGGAGAAAUCUAUUUCGCUUUAGACGGGCAACAUAAGCCAGCAGUUGGUGAUGCUGUUUCCGUUGUUGCUAAGCAACAGUAUGAAGAUGGAGGCUGGUAUGCAGAAGAAAUAACAGUUGUUUCCAAGUCAUGGGAGGAUGAGGAAGAAGAAACCGAAGUAGAACGUAAAUCUGCCUGUGUUGGUAAAAUAACACAGCUUGGGAAAGAGACUGGGAUGAUUAACAGUGAAAUGGAGUUCGAAAUAGAAAACUGUGUUGAGAAUUUCAAACCCUGUAGAGGUGACUGGGUAACGGCCGAGCUGGAAACAUUAAAACUAUCGGAAGAUGAGGAAAAAGUAUCAGCAGUCAAUGUUGAGCCUUUACGUCAAUGGACGUUUGAUGGAGAUGUUUCGGCUGCGAUGGAGGAUCAUGGGUAUAUUGAUGGGGAGGUGUAUUUUACCCCCGAGGUGUGUGUCAACAACUACCGGCCCAGGAGGUGGGAUAAGGUUAAAGUGACUGCUAUAGAGAGUCAUCAGGGGAAGUGCUCCUGGCGAGCCACACAUGUCGUACCCUGUUCCAGUGAUGAUGGAGGGAGAUCUAACCCAAACAAAGGGAAUUGUUACAAAGCUGCAGGGUCAGGUGGAUGGGUCAUCCCAGGUCAAAGACCACAGAGGUUUCAGAACAAACUGAAGCUGCCCCAGAAACUGCCAUCAUUUCCAGUUCCUGAGCGGUUACGUGACUGUGUUUGGUGUGACGGAGAGCUCACCCAACUCGUCCCUGAACUAGCAGAGGUACUGACAAUGGGCAACUAUGUACAGAGGUUUUCUACUCUUCUGCACCUGGAGGAAAUCCAGCAGGAGAUUGACAUCAGGCAGUUUGACCUCCACAGGGUGUGUUUACGUCGAUGUGGGGUGUACCUGGCCCUUGAAGUCCCUGGCCUGGCUGAAGGUCGACCUUCUAUUCUCAUCGGGGACAAGAUCAUCCUCACUGAUCCAGGGGACCCUGAUGGACCAUGCUAUGAGGGUUUUGUGCAUGAAAUACACAGUAGCGAAGUGCUGUUGAAGUUCAAUCCUGAGUUCCAGGGAAAGUACAAUGGAGAGGAUUACAACGUGGAGUUUACGUUUAACAGGACCUCACUGCGCCGAUGUCACCAGGCCAUCACCCUGGCUGUCCGCCAUCUCAAGGACACAGUUCUGUUUCCAUCUUCUCUUGAAACCAAGAUGCCACAAAUUCAACUAUCAAAGCCGUCUGCUGCACGAGAUGUUGUCAAACUCCAGGCGACUUACACUGGCUUUGGUAGUGCCGACCAAAAUAACAGUCACAGUCUUCCUCAAAACACAUCGAAACAUUCUGCAGAAGAGAAAGGUGACGGAAAUGGUAAAUCUCAGUAUCUGCCGAGCAUCAACUCAUGGACACAGGACAGAAUCCAGUUCUUCAACGGGAGUCUAAACAACAGGCAGAAGGCUGCUGUCAUCAAAAUUCUCCUGGGACAGAGUCGACCGUUACCCUAUGUUAUAUUUGGCCCACCUGGUACAGGGAAGACGAUGACCAUGGUGGAGGCAAUCCUCCAGGUGUUCUCCCAGAUCCCCGCCAGUCGGAUCAUAGCAUCCACGCCGUCCAACAGUGCCGCAGACCUUCUUGCGGAGAGACUUGUGGCCAGUGGCUUGGUGAAGGAGUCCGACUUGGUGAGACUGAAUGCAUUCAACAGGAGCCUGGAGAAUGUCGCUGAGAUGAUAGAGAAGUACUGUCGCUAUGGAGAUGACCUUCAGAUAAUAUCGCGGUACCGGGUGGUGGUGUGUACGUGCAACUCUGCUGGAUCACUGUACACGCUGGGGCUGAAGGCGGGACACUUCACCCACGCGUUUGUAGACGAGGCUGGGCAGGCAACAGAGCCGGAGUGUCUGAUUUCUAUAGGACUUGUGGCAGGAGCAGAUGGACAGAUCAUAUUGGCAGGAGACCCCAAACAACUCGGCCCAGUGCUCAUGUCCAAGUAUUCCAAGAUGUAUGGGCUUGAGUUGUCUUUCCUUGAGAGGCUGAUGGACAGGUCGCUGUACAUGAGGAAUGAGAGGCUGUUUGCAGAUCAUGGUGGAUUUGAUUCCAUCCUGGUAACCAUGUUGGUUGAGAACUACCGAUCCCAUCCUGCCAUUCUGGCGCUGCCGUCCCGCCUGUUCUACUUUGACCAACUGGAGGUGGUAUCUGACCCGGCCCUGACUCACGCUCUGUGCGACUGGGACAGCCUGCCCCGGAGGAACUACCCCGUCAUCUUCCACGGACUCAGGGGAGAGGACAUGCGUGAGACAGACAGCCCAUCCUGGUUCAACCCUAUGGAAACCGUCCAGGUUGUUCAGUAUCUCCAGAGUCUGCUGAACAAUCCACAGUAUAGACUGACAGUGGACGACAUAGGAAUUAUCACACCCUACAGGAAACAGGUUGAGAAGAUCCGUCUAAUGAUAGACAAACUGGAUGUGGACAUGGUGAAGGUGGGAUCGGUGGAGGAGUUUCAAGGACAGGAGAGACAAGUCAUCAUCAUAUCAACUGUGCGUGCCAAUGAGAGACUGAUAGGCUUCGACGUGCGUCACACAUUGGGAUUCCUCAGCAAUGCAAAACGUUUCAACGUAUCCAUCACGCGUGCCCAGGCCUUGCUUAUCAUUGUUGGAAACCCUCAUGUGCUGUGUCAGGAUGACAAGUGGCGUUCCUUGAUCCGGCACUAUGUGGACAAUGGUGCUUACGUUGGCUGUGAGGUGCCAGACUUCUCCCAGCAGGACGGUCAGGAGCAAUCAGGAGCAGACGACACCUGUGUCACCACAGAGCAAGGGCAGACAAUUACUGAUACUGUGAUAAAGACUGGGAGAGCAGACACCCCUAGUUCUGCACAGAAAACUGCCAACAAUGUCGCUGAAGAGCAAGGACAGGCAAUGACUGGUCUCGGUGAGACGGUGGCAAAGAACAAGGGGGCAGACACCUCUAGUUCUGGACAGAAACCUGCCAUCAAUGUUGCAGCAGAGCAAGGGCAGACAACUACGUGAUUCUGUGAGACUGUGACAAAGACCGAGAGAUCAGACACCUCUAGUUCUGCACAGAAAACGGCAAUCAAUGUUGCCACAAACCAAGGGAAGAUAACUGCACAAAAGAUGUCUGGCAAUGCCACCACAGAGCAAGGGGAGACAACUACUGGAUUUGGUUUGAGACUGUGACAAAGCCCAAGAGAUCAGGCCUCUUGUACUGCACAGAAGAUGACUAGCAAUGCCACCACAGAGCAAGGGGAGACAACUACUGGAUUUGGUUUGAGACUGACAAAGCCCAAGAGAUCAGGCCUCUUGUACUGCACAGAAGAUGACUAUCAAUGCCACCACAGAGCAAGGGGAGACAACUACUGUACAUGUGGUGUGAGGAGCAAUGGUUUCUUGUGUCUAUGAAACUGACGAAAAAAGAGCAAAGGGAGACAAAUAGGAGUGAUAUAGAUUACUGAGACUUGAGUGAAAAGAAACACGUACAGCUUUGUUGGUCUGAGAAGCUAGUGAAAUGUGAAAAAUAGUAUUUGCCACUAUCUGGUUGACAGUUUGAUUUAAGCAGCAUAAUGAAAGACUAUGAAUGUUAGCAAUGGAGAGUGGAUUCUGUCCGUUUCAGUUUGAUAUGCGGUGAGGGGGUCAUUUUCAGUUGAAGUGAAAGGGGUUACAUACACUGCUCACCAUGCAUUUUGGGACAUUGUGUUUUAAUGGAUGUGAUCAGAAAUAGGGUCUGAGGACAAUGAAAUUAAUUUUUUUUAUGACAUUUUACUGUUUAUCAUAGUAUCUGUUAUUUCAGAACAUUUCAUUUUAUUUCUUGAUGUACGAUAUUAUGUAUCAUAUUAAAUAAAAAACACACAACAUGUUGGAGUCAUAUGUUUAUUCUGAAAAACAUCAUUUCCUAUAUAUAUUUGACACAAAUACAGCAAUGUAAGCUUAGAACUCUAACAUCUAAAAAAGUUUGUUUUUCUUCUAGUUCAGGUUGAGUGUGAAGUACGUUUGUAUCGGUUAGGCCACAACAAAUUAACUAUUAGAUUUUCAUUUGAUU